CGGAGUGCUCGCUCUGCGCAUGCGCACCAAUUAAUCCUGCUCAGCUCCAUCAUGGCGGCGAGGGGCCAUGUGCAAGACCCCAACGACAGGAGACUGCGACCCAUUUACGAUUACCUGGACAAUGGCAAUAACAAGAUGGCAAUCCAGCAGGCUGACAAACUGCUCAAGAAGCACAAAGAUCUUCACUGCGCAAAGGUCUUGAAGGCGAUUGGUCUGCAGCGCACCGGCAAACAAGAUGAAGCCUUCACGCUGGCGCAGGAAGUGGCCGUUCUCGAACCCACAGAUGACAACUCUUUGCAAGCACUGACCAUCCUCUACAGAGAAAUGCACCGGCCCGAGUUAGUGACCAAGCUUUAUGAAGCUGCCGUCCGGAAAGUUCCAACGAGCGAGGAGUACCACUCUCACCUCUUCAUGGCCUACGCCCGGGUCGGAGAGUACAAGAAAAUGCAACAGGCUGGAAUGGCGCUGUAUAAAAUUGUCCCCAAAAACCCAUAUUACUUCUGGUCAGUGAUGAGCUUGGUGAUGCAGGCCAUCUCAGCACAAGACGAGAAGCUCUCUCAGACCAUGUUCCUGCCGCUGGCUGAGCGGAUGGUGGAAAAAAUGGUAAAGGAGGAGAAAAUAGAGGCAGAAGCUGAGGUCCAGCUGUACUUUAUGAUCUUGGAGCGUUUGGGGAAAUAUGUGGAGGCACUGGAGGUGGUUCAGGGGCCACUUGGAGAGAAGCUGACCAGUGAACUGCAGAGCCGUGAGAACAAAUGCAUGAUGCUGUACCGCCGUCUGGAGCGCUGGGCCGAGUGCAACGCGCUGUCCUGCAAGCUGCUCCUGAAAAACCCUGACGACUGGCAGUUCUACAUAUUGUACUUUGACUCUUUGUUCUACCUUAUUGAUCAGAGCUGGGCACCUCCGCAAGAAGGAGCUCAUUCUGCAGAGGGGGAGGUGCACGCCUCCACAGCUCAGGCCAUCAGCUUCAUGGAGGACCGAAUAGCCACAGAAGAAGCGAAGGAGUCCAAGCAUCUGAGAGGGCCAUACCUGGCCUGUCUGGAGCUCAUCAGACGGCUCCGAGAGCGCAGCUGUCCUGAAGCACAGCAGCUAGGUGAACCUCUUGAGCUCAUGUUCCAGUUCUUUGUGAAGUUUGGAGACAAGCCAUGUUGCAUCACCGACCUGGAGAUCUUUCUGGAUCUUCUCACACCUGACCAACAUGUGCAGUUCAUCAACAGGGUAAUGGAGGCAGUGCCGCUGGGCGCUCCGGGAGAGGAUGGUGUUGCUCUUCCAGGAGACACGCGGGCUCUGCAGAGACAUCUGUGUGUGACCCAGCUGAGCCGCAGUCUGGGUCAGCAGCACGCGCUCAACACCGAGGGCAAACUGGGCCUCAUCAAAGAACUGAAGGCACAUUACCGGCACGGCUUACAGUUCGGGAAGUCCUGUUUAAAAACAGAGCUACAGUUCUCCGAUAUGUACUGUCUCAUGGCGGCUCAUGUCUAUAUAGACCUGUGGCUGGAGACGGGCGAUCAGAACAUGUUGUGGCAGUGUCUGGGGCUGUUAGAGGAAGGUCUCUCCCACAGUUCCUCCAACGCUCAGUUCAAACUGCUGCUUCUGCUUCUGUACUGCCGUCUGGGGGCUUUUGAGCCGGUGGUAGAUCUUUACUCCAGUCUGGACGCCAAACACGUCCAGCACGACACCAUAGGGUAUUUAUUGACCCGCUAUGCAGAGUCUUUGGGCCAGUUUGCUGCUGCUUCCCAAUCUUGUAACUUCUCCCUCAGGUUUUUUCACUCGAACCAGAAAGAUACCUCAGAAUACAUUAUUCAAGCAUAUAAGUACGGGGCUUUUGAGAAAAUCCCGGAGUUCAUCGCCUUCAGGAACCGACUCAAUCACUCGCUGCACUUUGCCCAGGCGCGCACGGAGAGGAUGCUGCUGGACCUCUUCCUGGAAGCCGACACAUCAUCUCCUCUAGAGGAGAGCGUAAAAUCAAUGUCUCUAUGUCCGGAAGAGGACGACAUCCCGUGGGACAGCUUAAGGGACAACCGCGACCUGACUGUCCUCGUCAGCUGGAACCCUAAGGACCGGCAGCUGAAGGAGGAGCACAAGCAGCACUCUCUAGAGGACGACACCCUGUGGCUGAGGUUGCGGUCGCUCACGCUGCGUCUGAUUGGCUGCGUCUCUGCGCUCACUCACCUGCCGGCAUCACGUAACUCUGAGAAGACGACUGAAAACGGAGUGGCGGCUAAACCGUCUUCUCUACAGUCACUGCUCUCACAGCUAGAAAACACGCUAAACCAGGCCACACAGUUCACGGAAAAACAGCUGCAGCAUCCGUACCCGUUUGUGGGGCCCGUGCCGUCUCGUCUGGCUCAGGCUCUGUCCAGUGGUUGCUGUCAGUGUCAGCUCUCCUCCCUACAGCUCCCUCUGCACCUCCAGGAGCUCGAGACCGCCGGCCUGGAUGAAUCAACAGAGCUUCAAACACAAAUAUCUAAUCUUUUCAAGUCUUUAGCAGUACAACUUCAAGAUAUGUUGGAAAAAUGUAAAGGUGACCUAUUAGACGUUAAAGACGAUCAAAGCAAGCCGCAACAAUUUUUACUGGAGAAUCUAGUCUACUUUGUUGAAACUGUUUGUAUCGUCCUAUGGGUGUCUAAUUACUGUGGAAGCGUCCUCCGGCCCUUAAAGUCCAGUUUACAGAAGAAGAAGAAAAAGAAAAAAGAAGCCAGCACUGUAACGCCGCCGGUGCUCUCGGCCUAUCAGGAGUUCAGCAGCAGCUUGCAGAGUCUCCUCAACCAGGCGCUGGAGCACAUCAAGAGCCAGGAGAUCAGCCUGACGGCGCUGAAGCUGGGAGCCCUCAGUCUGGAGGGACAAACCCAGUCUGAGGCGGAAGAGACCUUCACGAAGACGGCCAUGGAUAAGGUGCAGAGCAGCUACCUGCGUUCGCUGCAGGAGAUCGGGGAACUGUUAAAGAAGAGAGCGGACACGUUAAAAUCCCUCAAAAUCUGAGCGCUCCAUCGAUCCGGUCCCUGACACGCACGGCUCCACGCGACGGCCCCUAACGCAAUCCUCCCGUCUCAGUCUGUGAACUCAGCUGGUCUCGUCUCCUCUUCCUAUUUAUCCGUCUCAUUACUCACGUACAGACACAGGCACACUGUAAAGUUCAACAACGGCUUCAGCACAAACAUCUACGGUGCUCCGCGCAGCACUUUUAAGUGGAAACGUAAACUUCAUAUCCCUGGCAAAACUACAUAGGCAAAUGAAAAUAAGCAAUUUUAGAAGUACUGCUAUAAAUUAUUGUACAUAGUGUGAAGAUAAAGAAUAUCAACGAGAACUCCUUGGCGAAUUAAAGUGAACUGCUUUGUCCUUUUGUCGAUGUCUUGCGUUAUUGUCUCUCUCACUUCCCAGCCGUAAACCUCGCGAUUGACGGUUCGUUUUCAGACGACACUCCAAAGCAAAACGGGCCCUUACGGUGCCGCUCCGUAUCGCAAGUAGCCAACUUCCAGACUGACGCACUCUGCGAUGCGUUUACGUAGCCGUUCGCGAUGCACAACCAGCCAAGAGCUACGCUUCGUCCCAAGGAGAUUUCGACAGGGUGGCGCGAGUAUCCAGAUGCUUCGGGUGCUUCUAUUGCGAUAUUUGUUUGUAUAUUACAAAUGACUUUACUUGAGCCACAAGCGUACGAAAUGUAGCUUUCCCGACUGUUUGUUUGGAAUUGCCACCAUGUGAAAACCAAUAGCAUUUAGUGCUACUUGAGGUUUGGGAAAGUUUGUGUUUGUUUGUUAUCCUUUGAUUGAUGGUCAAAGACGUUUAUUCAAUCAUGUUUGGAAUUAAUUUUAUGAUUAAUUGAAUCGAUUGGUUGGGGCGCGUUGUUUACUUUGAAAAAUUGUCGAUUGCACUGAUGAUGUCCCUUACAUGAUGAGGUUUUAUUGUUGUUGCAUACCAAAAAUGUCUAAAUUAGCCUUGCGUUAAAAGGUUAGUUUACCCCAAAAU